AGUGUGGACUGUGCUAGUCUGCGAAAGCAAAACUCAACUCUCUCACUCAGAAAAACCUGGCCUUUUCUUCUUCUUCUUCUUCGUUUCAAAAACCCUCCUUUUCAAUUCUGCAGAGAUCAAAACCCAGACUCGUCCCCAAGGGAAGCUCGCGAAGCUUCAAAAAUUCUGAAAUGGCCCCUCCUCCCAUCCUUUCCUUGGCUCUGCCGUCUGAGACUGGUCGAGUUCUUAGUAUCCAAUCCCACACAGUUCAGGGAUAUGUUGGGAAUAAAUCAGCUGUGUUCCCCCUGCAAUUAUUAGGCUAUGAUGUCGAUCCAAUUAAUUCUGUCCAGUUCUCAAACCACACAGGAUACCCAACAUUUAAGGGUCAAGUUUUAAAUGGAGAACAGCUUUGGGAAUUGAUACAAGGCCUAGAAUCAAAUGAUCUAUUAUACUACACUCAUUUAUUAACAGGUUAUAUUGGUUCAGUUUCUUUUCUGAGCACUGUAUUGGAAGUUGUCAAUAAACUUCGCUCUGUAAACCCAAAACUUAGAUAUGUCUGUGAUCCAGUGAUGGGUGAUGAAGGAAAGCUGUAUGUCCCUCCAGAGCUGGUAUCUGUAUACCGUGAAAAGGUUGUCCCUGUUGCUUCAAUGUUGACCCCCAACCAAUUUGAAGCAGAAUUGUUGACCAACUCAAGAAUUGUUUCUGAAUGUGAUGGCCGCAAAGCUUGUAAUAUUCUUCACGCUGCAGGACCAUCAAUGGUUGUGAUAACAAGCAUAAAUAUAGAUGGCAAUCUUCUUCUUAUUGGUAGUCAUCAAAAGGAACAAGGUCUGUCUCCAGAACAAUUCAAGAUUGUGAUUCCUAAGAUUCCUGCCUAUUUCACGGGAACUGGAGAUCUUACAACUGCGCUUCUACUUGGGUGGAGUAAUAAAUAUCCUGACAACCUAGACAAGGCAGCAGAGCUUGCUGUAUCAUCCUUGCAGGCCCUUUUGCAGAGGACAGUAAAUGAUUAUAAAAGUGCCGGCCAUGACCCCAAGUCAACCAGUUUAGAGAUUCGAUUGAUACAAAGUCAGGAUAAUAUUCGUCAACCUCAGAUUAAAUUCAGAGCUGAAAGAUAUGCCUAACGUAUAGAAGGGAAGUUUAAGAGAAUAUUUGGAACUUGUUGUCCUUUGCAGCUAGAAGUGGUGAUAACAAUGUUUGAUUAAUGUUAACCACUUCUCUAGGCUUUUGUAAAGGGAAGUCUGAUUUUGUCGGUAUUAUAACACCUACUAUAUAAAUAAAAAUGGUUUAAAAA